UUAGAUGUCCUGGAAGUCUUGCUUCUCUCCAGUCUGGUGCUUGGUGUGAAUGAAGAACUGGAGCACUGAUCCAGGAGUCGAGAGACCCAGACUUCAGUUAGCUUCCACCCGCAGGUGUCAUGUGAGUGUCUUCAGGAGUUGCUGCCUGAGUGGAAAUGCUCUCAGUGGUAGAGAGUGGACUGGACCCCCGGGCUGCCAUCCAGGUCAUCAAGAAGAAGCUGGUGGGAUCCGUGAAGGCUCUGCAGAAGCAGUAUGUCUCCCUGGACACAGUGGUCACUAGUGAAGAUGGAGAUGCUAACACCAUGUGCAGUGCCCUGGAGGCCGUGUUCAUUCAUGGCCUGCAUGCCAAGCACAUUCGUGCUGAGACUGGAGGAAAAAGGAAGAAACACACCCACCACAAAAUUCUGCCCCAGCCUGUCUUCUGGCCCCUCUUGAAAGCUGUCACCCACAAACACAUCAUCUCAGAAUUGGAGCACCUGGUCUUUGUCAACACGGAUGUGGGCCGCUGCCGGGCCUGGCUGCGGCUGGCCCUCAAUGAUGGCCUGAUGGAGUGCUACCUGAAACUGCUCCUGCAGGAGCAGGCCCGGCUGCGCGAGUACUAUCAGCCCUCAGCCCUGCUACGAGAUGCCGAGGAGGGCGAGUUCCUCCUUAGCUUCCUGCAGGGACUGACGUCCUUGUCCUUCGAGCUCUCCUACAAGUCAGCCAUCUUAAAUGAAUGGACUCUCACUCCAUUGUCUCUGUCUGGGCUUUGCCCGCUGUCUGAGCUUGAGCCUCUCACAACCUCUGGGGCAGAACUACAACGGAAGGAGUCUCUAGAUUCCAUUUCCCAUUCUUCAGGCUCUGAGGACAUUGAAGUCCAGCACUCGGGCCAUAAGAUCCGCCGAAACAAGAAUCUCACUGCCUCCUCCCUCAGCCUGGACACGGCCAGUUCAUCCCAGCUGUCCUGCAGCCUAAACUCUGAUAACUGCCUUCUCCAGGAGAAUGGUUCCAAGAGUCCUGACCAUUCUGAGGAGCCCAUGUCCUACGACUCAGACUUGGGCACAGCAAAUGCUGAUGACUCUGACAGGUCUCUGCAAGAGGUAUUAUCGGAAUUCAGCAAAGCCCAAGUAAACUCUGUGCCAACCAGCAGACCAAGCCAAGAGACAGAGGCCCCUGCAUUCCCGGCCCCACUCCUCAUCCACAGCCACCUGCACUUUGAGGGGCCUGCAGAGCUACUCCCUGUCCAAGCAUCUUCUGGAACCUCACAUGGUGGCCACAAGCAGGAGCCACUUCCCCGGGAGCCUGAUGUCCCAGAGGUGCAGCAGCUGGACACUGCCCAAGCUGUUCCUGUGGGGAGCACUUCAGACAAGCUGGCUUUGAGUCCUGGGAGUGGAGCAGCCAGCCAGUGGAGUGAACGGCACAAGACCCUGGAGUAUGGUGGUGUCAGACCGAAGCUUGUGGUAUCCUCUCCCACUAGUCCGAAAGGCAAGAGCUGGAUUUGCGAAGAUGACUUCUACAGGCCCCCCCAGGAGCGCGCCCCUGAGAAAACUUCAGAGUGUGCGGCAGCUUCUUCCCAAAGGCCUGCUCUCCUCAGGCAUUUUUCUCAAGGACCAAGAAAGAGCAGCUCCUUGGGGGCAUUAGACAAAGCUUGUGAGCCUUCACCAGAUAGCAGGAAAGCCAGAGCUACUCCGGAGGUGGUGCAGGAGCAUAAGAAUUUCCGUGUGGUGCACCGAAGGCAGAUGGGCCUGUCCAACCCAUUCCGGGGCCUCGUGAAACUGGGCACAGUGGCACGACGGGGGGCCAUGGGCAUCUGGAAGGAGCUCUUCUGUGAGCUGUCGCCACUGGAGCUCCGCCUCUACCUGAGCGAUGAGGAGCGCACCUGUGUGGAAAGCUACUCCCUGCUACGUUGUGAGGCUGUGGGGCUGGCACACAGCGAUGGGCGCUUUGAGCUGGUCUUCUCUGGCAAAAAGCUGGCACUACGCACCUCCUCCCAAGAUGAAGCUGAGGACUGGCUGGACCGUGUGCGGGAGGCCCUGCAGAAGGUGCGGCCUCAGCAGGACGAUGAAUGGGUAAACAUCCAGUACCCUGACCAGCCUGAGGACAUCCCCCAGGCCCCGCCGGGUGCCCAGCCUUCUCACUCAACCCUGCUGCCAGAGCCUGCAGACCCCCAGCGCAUGCAAUUAGACUGGACGUCUGCUCAGCUUCCGGAGCCAGACGCUAUUAAAGAGUCACUUUUGUACUUGUAUGCAGACCGGACCUGGGUGCCUUAUAUUUUUUCCCUGUCCUUGGAGUCUUUGAAAUGCUUCCGGGUGAGAAACAAUGAGAAGAUGCUAAGUGAUAGCCAUGGAGUGGAGACCAUCCGAGACAUCCUGCCAGACACGAGCCUCGGGGGCCCCGCCUUCUUCAAAAUCAUCACAGCCAAGGCCAUCCUGAAACUGCAGGCCAGGAACACCGAGGAAGCCGCCGCGUGGAGGGACCUGGUCCGCAAAGUCCUGGCGUCCUACUUGGAGACAGCCGAGGAGGCUGUGACGCUGGGUGGCAGUCUGGACGAGAACUGCCAGGAGGUGCUCAAGUUUGCCACCAGGGAAAAUGGCUUCCUGCUGCAGUACCUGGUGGCCAUCCCCACGGAGAAGGGUCUCGACUCCCAGGGCUGCUUCUGUGCAGGCUGCUCACGACAGAUUGGCUUUUCCUUUGUACGGCCCAAGCUCUGUGCCUUCUCUGGCCUCUAUUACUGUGAUAUCUGCCACCAAGAUGAUGCCUCAGUGAUUCCGGCCAGGAUCAUCCACAACUGGGACCUCACCAAGCGCCCGGUCUGUCGGCAGGCCCUGAAGUUCCUGGCACAGAUCCGGGCCCAGCCCCUCAUCAACCUGCAGCUGGUGAACGCCUCUCUGUAUGAGCAUGUGGAGCGCGUGCAGCUCAUUGGCAGGAGCCGGGAGCAGCUGAAGCUUCUCGGGGACUACCUGAGCCUGUGCCGAAGUGGCGCCCUGAAGGAGCUGAGCAAGAGGCUGGGCCACAGGAAUUAUCUCUUGGAAUCUCCCUACAAGUUCAGUGUUGCUGACCUCCAGCAGAUAGCAGAGGGGAUGUACGAAGGGUUCCUAAAGACCCUGAUUGAGUUUGCCUCCCAGCACGUCUACCACUGCGACCUGUGCACCCAGCGAGGUUUCAUUUGCCAGAUCUGCCACCACCAUGACAUCAUCUUCCCCUUUGAGUUUGACACCACAGUCAGGUGUGCUGAGUGCAAGACUGUCUUCCACCAGAGCUGCCAAGCAGCCAUGAAGAAAGGCUGUCCUCGCUGUGCCCGCCGGCGCAAGUACCAGGAACAGAAUAGUCUCAGCUAACCCUGAUGUCCUGACCCACCGAGGCCAGGGGAACUGCAGCUCAGUCAUGGGGCUGGGUUUUCUUGGCUCCUUGGUCUCUCCCAGGACAACCCUCAGGUGUGGACAGAUCUCAGCCCUCCAGAGAAAGCCCAGAAAGCCCCAUGGCCCCACCACUUCUCUGUUUCAGGAGAAGAGGGACCCGGCCACAUGCUCCUUUCCUGGGCCUUUUGACGGGUCUGGCUCGCCUCACUAUCACGGCACCUCCAUUAGGGCUGUCAUACACUGUGGAAAUGAGACUUGGAGAACAUUUUCGACUCUACAUUCCUGAUUAAAAGGUCUAGUUUUUUAA